UUUGCUGCAUUAUAGUCGGUAUUAUUAAACAAAUAUUUGAAGAAAGGAAGCAUGGAAACUAUAAUUUGUUGUUUUUCAUUCGAAUUGUCAAAAACGCGUAAGAAUACUGGAGUAUUUACUGACAGCAGAUGGCGGUAAGUGCACCUGAACUGCCGUAAAAGGAGCGUAGAAGAAGAAGAGGAGGGCGGGACAAACAAACGUUAAUGAUGUUAUCAUAAUAUGCUCUCUCCGCAUAAAACAUCUCUUAGUUCAUUUUAGACUGUUAUACCUCUGAAAGGGUGGGCUCUGAAAGGGUAAGAUGAGUUCAUUUGCAGGUCGAAUGAAGGAGUAUCCUACAGUUUCCCUGGACCGGUUCGACCGGGAGAAUUUACAUGCCAGGGCAUAUUUCCUCUCCCACUGUCACAAAGAUCACAUGAAAGGACUGAAAGGACCAAUACUGAAGAGAAAACUGCAGUUCAGUCGAACAGUCAGGCUGUACUGCUCCUUUGUGACCAAAGAGCUUCUGCUGAGCAAUCCCAAAUACGCUUUCUGGGAGGAAUACAUUGUUCCUUUAGAGCUGGAGAGCCCAACUCAGAUUUCUCUGGUGGAUGAGGCAUCAGGAGAGAAAGAAGAUAUUGUGGUAACAUUGCUUCCUGCGGGCCACUGUCCCGGCUCUGUUAUGUUCCUGUUCGAGGGUUCCCAGGGAAACGUGUUGUAUACAGGAGACUUCAGGUUGGCUGCUGGAGACGCCUCGAGAAUAGAACAUCUGCACUCUGGCAGCAGAGUGAAGGAUAUUCAGACUAUUUAUCUGGACUCCACCUUCUAUGACCCACGAUUCUACCAAAUUCCUACUCGAGAGGUUUGUCUGAACGGUAUCUCAGAGCUGGUUGGAAACUGGAUCAGUCAGAGUUCGUAUCACGUCGUGUGGCUCAACUGUAAAGCUGCGUACGGAUACGAAUACCUGUUUACCAACCUGGGAGAGCAGUUCAACACACAGAUCCACGUGAAGAAUCUGGCGAUGUUCAAGAAGAUGCCGGAGAUCCUGAGCUACGUCACGACUGACCGCAGGACGCAGAUCCAUGCGUGUCGACACCCAAAGGAUGAGGAGUUUUUCCAAGGCAACAGGUUGCCGUGUGGCUGUACCGCUUCUGACGGGACUCCUCUUCGCAUCAUCAGCAUCAAACCGUCCACCAUGUGGUUCGGAGAGAGAAUGAAGAAAACCAACGUUAUAAUAAAGACAGGAGGCAGUUCCUUCAGAGCCUGCUUCAGUUUCCACUCCUCCUACUCAGAGAUCAAAGACUUCCUCUCUUACCUCCAGCCAGUCAACAUCUACCCCAGUGUUAUCCCUAUGGGUCGGACGUUAACUGAGGUUACACAGAUGUUGAAGCUGAUGUGCAGGAAUUGGUCUGAUCAAACAGCGUUCAUAUACAAACCUCUGGGAGUCCUCAAACGCACCAUGGCGGAGCGACCUACACACGAUUCAGACAGCGAUGACGGGCUGUUUGACGGGCUGGAUCUGGCACCAGUGAGGAAGAAGAUGGGACUGAAUCCAGAAAUAGAAAAUGUGAAAGCUCCUCUGAAAACAGCGCCUCCUGUGUCUGUGGCCGAGUCUCUACCUCUGACGGUCACAGACUCGCAGCCUGUUGCACGUAACUAUGUGGACUGCACCGAGUCCAAUGAUGAAGAGGAGGAUGGUGAUGAGGAGGAGGAGCAGCAGCAGGAGGAGGAGGAGGGAAAAGGGGAUACAAACCAGACGAAGGAGGAGGUGAACAUGAUGAUAAAUGAAAGCGAGAAGAAUAAAGAACCUGAGAAAAAGAAGACUGAGGUCGAAGGAUGCGGCUCCUCUAAUCCUCCGCAGUGGGAGGACUUCUUCACCACGGAGAUGCUGAGUGACAGCCAGAACAGCCUCAACAGCCAACCACAAUCCUGCUGCUCUGUCACGAGCCCCUCCCCCUCCGUCAUGACCGGUUCCCAGACUCCAGAUCUGUUCAGCGAUAACGAAGAAAACCCGGACACCAACGAAAACUUCAGUCUGACCCUGUCCGCCUCUCUGUCAAAUCAUUCCUCCCAGAACCAGGACUUACCCGACACUUUGAUCCUCCAACCAGAGCAGAGGGGGCGGGAACAAGGAGAUUUAAGGAACGAUACGAUGUCUCAGGAGAUGGAGAGCGACAGCCAAAAGGUCCAGUCCGAGCCGGAGGAGCUCUCGGAGUCCCAGGUGUCAUCGGACUUUGAUAUUCCCUCCACGCCAGAGUCGAAAAUGCCACGACCGGAUGAACUGUCGCAGCUGUACAGGAAGCUGGCGUCGGGAGAGGAAGUGGUCAUCAGAAAGGGAAGUCAGGGCUUUGCGUGACUGAAGGGAACAUUAAAGGAAGUUUUUGAUUAACUACAUUCCUCAUAUUCGUCCGCAGUAGAUCGUAGGCUGCGGACAAGGUACGAAUUAAUUUCCUAGCAAUGCAAAUCACAAUGUAUUCAGACUGUGAGCAAAGGUUUAGGUUGAAUAAAUGCAGCUUCCUCUGCACAUUAUAUUGUUUUGAUGAGUAAAAAUAGCCUGUUCGGAAGUGCUCGAACCUUAAAACUGCACUAACUGAUUUUUUUGGCCACUUGGUGGCAACUGAAAUAAGCUUGUAAACCCAACACUGAGAUGUUAUCAACUUGAAGUUAAUAUGAAGAACUUGUUAAAGAGGACAUAUCAUGCACAUUUCCAGGUCUAUGUUUAUAUUCUGGGG